UAAACCUUUAUGCUCUGCUGUUUUAUUUCCUUCUGGUCUUUAAAUGCUGAUGCGAUGUCCUGGGUGUGCAGCAAAGGAGGCUGAGGCUAAAGCAUGACGAGCCAGGCCCCGCCCCUUUGGCGUCCAAAAUAGAAACUGUAAACAAAAAGCAGCCAACCACAGAGGCUUUCAAACGCCGACACUGUGGAGCAUCACUGCUGCUGUGGGACACCGGUCAUGUGUUGGAUGUUAGGCGAAUGGAGCCGCUGCUGCUAGAGCUCAGAGCAAGAGGAAACAUGAGCGCUGUCUGUUUUUGAAGGGUGAUUUUAUCUUCUUGUUAUUAUCUUCGACGUUUCUGAUCCAGAUUAGCAAAAUGAGAGAGAAGGGGAGCAAAAGAAAGUUAAAUAUCUCCCAAACAAAUGCGCCAGGCUGUCUGCUGCGAUCGAACUACAGCCAUGCAUAGUUCAGCUGAAUUUCUAUCGGGACACUUACAGAGAGUUGUUUGCGGAUUCUUAGUUGUGCUUCAUCUGAAAACUGGUAUAUUUGCGCCGUUUUCAUCCCAUGCAACCCUUACCAACCAUGGCAAGGCUGCGGAGGAAGGCUUGCGUUGCCCUGUUUCUUUUCACCCUCUUCAUUUUCGGGUCUCUGAUGGGACUGAGGACCCUGAAGCCUACUGACGGAUUCUCGGAUCUGGCUCCUGGCUUGGAGCUCUUGCCGAUCUUAGGAGGGAGGAUGUCCCGGGAAGCCACCGCGUCCCCAGUCCAAGCCCGCCCGCAAGGGGGAAACACAAAAGCAGUUCUGUCCAACUCUGGUCCAGAGGGGACAAUAUUCUACGAUGUCCACAUCUUUUACUACACUUGGUACGGCAGCCCUCAUAUGGACGGGAAAUACAUCCACUGGGACCACAUCCUGGUCCCACACUGGGACCCCAAGGUCGCAUCCAGCUACCCGAGAGGAAAACACAUGCCGCCCGAGGACAUCGCCUCCAGUUUCUACCCGGAGCUGAAUUCGUACAGCUCCCGGGAUCCGGACGUGUUGGAGUCCCACAUGGAGCAGAUCGGAGCCUCCGCGGCAGGGGUUCUGGUGCUGUCUUGGUAUCCUCCCGGCCUCGCUGACGACAACGGGGAACCCGCUGAGGAUUUGGUGCCAGCUGUACUGGAUGCUGCAUACAGACACAGCCUGAAGGUUGCAUUUCAGAUCCAACCCUACAGAGGAAGAAAUGACCAGACUUUGCACGACAACAUCAAGUACAUAAUUGACAGGUAUGGUGAUCAUGGGGCCUUCUACAAGUUCACUUCCAGCACAGGGAAGAGUCUUCCUCUCUUCUACAUCUAUGACUCCUACCUGACUCCACCAGAGUCCUGGUCUGAAUUUUUGACUCCCACCGGCUCCCACAGUGUGCGCGGCUCCCCAUACGACUCCAUGUUCAUCGCUCUGAUUGUUGAGGAGCGUCACAAGCAUGACAUCCUGGCAGGUGGCUUCGACGGAAUGUACACUUACUUCGCCUCCAACGGCUUCUCCUUCGGCUCUUCCCACCAGAACUGGAAGGCCGUUAAGGCCUUCUGUGACGGGAACAACCUCCUUUUCAUCCCCAGCGUUGGGCCCGGUUACAUCGACACCAGCAUUCGACCAUGGAACAACCACAACACUCGCAACAGGGUGAACGGUCGCUACUAUGAGACGGCUCUGCAGGCGGCCCUCAACGUGAGGCCGGAGAUCGUCACCAUCACGUCUUUUAACGAAUGGCAUGAAGGGACGCAGAUAGAGAGGGCCAUGCCUAAGAAAACCGUGACCCGUGUGUACUUGGACUAUCAGCCACACGGACCUGAACACUAUCUGGAACUGACCCGCCGCUGGGCCGAGCAGUUCAAUAAAGAGAAGCAGCAGUGGCUGAUGUGAGCUUUAAACAGAAUUAUGCUCCACAGCAUCAGAGUGAUCAUGGUGGCAACAAAUGCUCAUUUUUGUGGCUAAAACACAGUGUUCCGGGUCUUUUGGGAAAACGCUGAGAGAAAUUUUUGCUGAAUACUUAAUAGUCCAGGACUCUGAAAUGGGCAUGUCUUAUUUGUUCUCGCGCCUCUUAAUCAAAAACAAAAUGUGAAGUCCAUCUUCACAGUGUACAGUUUUUCUCUUCAUCACUAAAGGAUUUUAAUUGACUUGACUGAGAUUAUUGUUUUGUUUGUGCAUGACUUGAUUUGUAUCACUUCUCUUAGACUAAGGUGUGGAGUUGAACAUUUACUUGAAAACAAUAUAGAAGAAAAUCACAUUUAUAUAUUAAACCGAUGAAACAUCUAAAUUAAGAGCAUUCUUAGCCUUUAUGUGGAAUAACCAUACAAUAUAAAACUUCAAUAAAUUAAAAAAAAACAAGAAUCAGAUUCACAAGCUUUGGUAUAUGUUAAUUCACAAAGGAUCAAAUUGUCCCAUGGCAUCUCCAUUAUGUGCUUCAUAUAGCCAUCAGGAAGGUUAUUUAACCUGUGGCAGAAAUUAUUUAAAUUGGUUGGUUUUCUGACAUGGAUCUAGCUAUUGAGCGCACAAAGUGUGGCCUGAAAAAUUAUGUGCUGCUCUGAACCGCAACUGAAGAAUGGUACAAAUUGGGCCGGACAGCACAGAUGAUUAAAGUAGAUUGGCAUUUUUAAAAAAGUUUUAGGAGGAGAUUUUCGCUGAUAAUAAGAAAUCUUCUUUAAAUUGAGAAUGUUGAGUACAAUACAAAUUAUUCAUAUUCAAAAACGAGAUUAGCAUUUCUUAUUACAAAUAUAUCAUUUAUGGCUCACGAGUCAGUAUGAGGCUAGCCAGCAUUUGAACAAUGUACAAAGUGUUGAGAGGUGAUAUCAUCAUGGUGUGGGUUUUACUUCCAGAGACGCAUAGAAAAAUGAAAGAGAAGGACUUCUUUCAAAUUUUUGAAUUUCACCUCAGCUUAGCAGAUAGAAGAUUGAAACUUGGACAUAAUGGGGUAUCCCAACAGGGUAAAUGAUCCUGAAUACACAUAAAAACCUGCAUUGGAAGGCAUAAAGCAGGCUGACAUUAAGAGAAUAGCCAUUUCAACAAGGACCUCAGUGUUGUUAAAAAAAAUGUGCUGACUUUGUGCCAGGAAACCAAUCACAUUAAAUGAACUCGAAUUCUCCCAAGAAAAGUGGCGAAACAUGCCACCGCAGUUAUGCCAAGAGAAUGUUGAUGACUACUAAGACUGUAAGAUGGAGGGACAAUGUUAGUGUGCAUGUCUGAAAGAAAUGUUUUUUAUCUCUGCGUGAGUCACAGGUUAUUGGAGACCAUCUCUCCCAUGACAGUAAAAUAAAUACAGCGCACUAGUAGCAAGUCAAUGACAGGCCCAACACACAAAUCUAUUCACCACUCGUAUAAAGGUAAUUCACCUCAAUACCACAUCACUUCUGGUUUUUCUUCAUCUGUUAGCAGAGGAACCUGCUGCCCUGCAUUUACCUGAUGUCUUUCUUUCCCUCCAAAACAGUUAAAUCAUCAGCAUUGUCUACUGAAUGCAGAGUGACACUAAUCAACCUGGAUGGGAGGUGGCAUAACACAAGAAUAUUGUCAUCAGUACAAUUCAAAUUUAAAUUCAAAAACACUUCAUUCUUCACAAAGGGUAAUUUAAUUGUUCCUUGGGCAAGUAUAGCUCAGUUAAAGUGUCUAUAAAUAUUUGUAUCUUCUAUUCAUUUUUUGUAUAAGAAAAAGAUGCACAAGACUAACAGUAUCUUUUACUUAGCAAAAGAAGAUUUAGUAGCUUAUCAAUGCUACAGUUUUUUGUUUUUUUUUUACAAUUAAAAAAAGGACUUUGAUAUCAGUUAAAGAAAACCUUUCUGAAUCAGCUGUUUGGGCUAACUUUAGUUUGGCUCUUUUGUGUAUUGUUGACUGAUUUUCCACAAGGUCAAUAUCAACAACUGAUGUUGUUUGUAACACUUUCUUGUGAACUUUUAAAGUAAUUAUGAGCAAUGUACCUCUAGAUUGUCUAAAGGUCUUUCAUACUUUUA